AUGAUAACCUCAAGCUAUAUUAAAGCAUACAACAUGCUCGGAUUGCUUGUUUCGAUGUUUUCAUUGCUUGCAGGGCUAAGAUUCUAUGCAACAAUGAACACAAGCUAUCUGAAGGCAAUGGGCAUACUUCAAUCAUUCUUUAUCAUGGAAAUAGCAAACAUAUGCACCAAGAAAAGCAAUGCAAGAUACCUUCCCACUGUGAUGCAAGUGGUUUCGCAGCUACUCAUGAUAUGGAUUGUGUUCUGGUACUAUAAAAUAAUCAACUGGUCGUUUCCCGUAAUAAUAUCAUGCUGGUGCUUGUCAAAUAUGAUACGAUAUAUAUUCUACAUAUUCAGAACACACACAAUAGGCAUCAUACGGUACAACCUCUUUCUAUUAACCUCUCCAACUGGAUUUUUUCUGGAGAUGUAUUGCCUGAAGAUGCUUUACGACAGCUCAGGCAGAGUUAUUUCGUAUGCAGUUGCAAUGUCUGCACUUGCAUAUGCUCCAGGAUUCAUGUUUAUAUUUUCGCAUAUGCUCAGGCAAAGAAGAUGGUCGAAGAAGACUCGAGCCUCAAAACACAAGAAGAAAGCUUAG